AUGCAAAGAAUCAUCUUUAAUCCUAUACGAUUGCGUUUUCAAAGACAAAUUUUGUCAACAUUGAUAAUACCACGCGCUACUUCACAUACCAAACAAUGUAAUUCGUCAAUCGAUAGAGAUUUCGAUGCAGCAACAGUAUCAACACUAGAUAAAAAUCUUUUCUCAAAUCAUUUUCGUAAGAUUUCACCACUAUCAUGGCUUAAAACACCAGCUAAAGGUGCUAAUGUUGGAUUGUUUCAAAUCAAUGAAUUAUCAACACCUGAUGGAUUUCAUAUUCUUGCUGAACGUGUUGUGCAAAAAUGUGAGAAAUUACUCGACGAAUGUUUUACACCAUCAAGGCGUAAAAUAGUUGAAAUAUUAGAUGAAAUAUCCGAUGAAAUAUGUCGCGUAGCAGAUUUAGCUGAAUUCAUUCGUAAUGUUGAUGUUGAAAUUGCAUAUAAACAAGCUGCUGAACAAGCUUACGGAGUAUUACAUCAUCUAGUAGAAAAAAUGAAUACAAAUACAAAAUUAUAUGAACAAGCAAAGCAGAUCUAUGACUCAGGUGAAGGUGAUGAAACAGAUCGACGUGUACUCAAAUUAUAUUUAAUUGAUUUUGAACGAUCUGGUAUUCGACUAAAUGAUGAUAAUCGUUUGAAUUAUUUACAAUUGAAUGAUGAUGUAUUACAUCUUGAAAAUCAGUUUCGAUAUAAUGCACAUCGAGAAUAUAAAAUUCCAAUAAAACAGUUACCAGAAAAGGUAAGAACGAGAUUUUAUGAUAAAACUAUAACAAUCAAUUCUGCUCAUUCAAGUGAUGAUGAUGAAAACCUACGUGAAUUUAUAUUUCGUAGUUAUUUUCGAUUCGAACCAGAUCAGGAACAAAUACUCGAUGCAUUACUACGUAAAAGAUAUCAAUUAGCAAAAUUAUGUGGUUAUCCAUCUUAUAGUCAUCGUGCAUUAGAUAAUACAUUACUGAAUAAACCAGAAUAUGUUAGCAACUAUUUAGAACAAAUAAUGGAUGCUAUUCGACCAUUAGCUGAUAAAGAUAUAAAACUAAUGCAAAUGCUUAAAAAUCGUCUUGAACAAAAUUCAAACACUCAGUUAGUUAAUCCUUGGGAUGUUGCAAGAUUAGAAGCAAUAUUUAAAUCAGAAAUUUUAAAAAUUAAUACACGAGAAUAUACACCAUAUUUCUCGCUGGGAACUUGUAUGGAUGGACUUAAUAUCAUAUUCCAUAGUCUUUUCAAUGUAACGUUAAAUAAACAACCAACAGCACCAGGAGAAAUCUGGCAUCCGUCUGUUAUAAAACUUUCAGUUGAUCAUGUAACAGAAGGAACUGUUGGAUAUAUUUACUGUGAUUUAUUCGAACGAAAAGAUAAAAUCCCUCAUGAUUGUCAUUUUACUAUUCAAUGCAGUCGACGUCUUUCCGAUGGUUCAUGUCAGCUACCCAUUGUUGUACUUCAUGUUAAUAUUCCUCCAAGUGCUGAUCCUAAUGUUCCAACACUUCUUACAUUAGGAUUGGUGGAGAAUUUAUUUCAUGAAUUCGGUCAUGCAAUGCAUUCAGCAUUGGCACGAACACGUUAUCAACAUGCAUCUGGUACUCGAUGUCAAACUGAUAUUGCUGAAAUCCCAUCACAAUGGAUGGAAUAUUUCGUUUAUGAACCACGCGUAGUUAAAUUAUUUGCACGACACUAUCAAACCGGUGAAACUAUACCUGAUGAACUUUUACAGCGUCUUCAUUUAGCUCAAAAUUGUUUUCAAGCGCAUCGUACACAAGUGCAAGUAGCAUGUGCAAUGUUUGAUCAUGAAUUUCAUGGUCCAUAUCCAUUAAAGCAAUCUUACGAUCAACUCUAUUCAUCAUUGUUAACAAAGCACACAUCACUGCCGUAUAUUUCAUCAACGCAUCCUUAUUUAAAAUUUUAUCAUCUAGUUGAUUAUGGAGCUCGUUUUUCUAGUUAUAUUAUUGCACGUUCAAUAGCAACUAAAAUAUGGCAUGAUCAAUUUUUAAAAGAUCCUCUCUCGAAAACAACUGGUGAACAAUUUAGGAAAAAUUUCUUACAAUGGGGUGGUGAACGUGAACCAAAUGAGCUAGUAGGAAAUGUAUUUUCAUCAACACAAAAAAUAACUAUUGAUCAUAUGACGAAAGCUAUAACUGAUGAAAUCAAAGAAAAUGUUCAACAACGUGAUAGUUUGUUUAAGUAA